CAUGAACUCCGAGCUCGACAUCCCCGACUUCACCAGGCUUCAGCCGAGGUAAGCGUGUAUGGCCGAGAGACACGGAGUUCGAGGUAUCUCAAUGAGGUAUGUCCAUCGUUAUCAACAUUGCCAUUCCCACGCGUACACAUAUCAUCGCCAACAGAUCCAUUUAGAACCAAAUCAGUCCACCUCUUGACAGUCCCUCAGCAAUGCCUUACUCUUCUCCCUAUCCAGAUAUAGACAUCCCCAAGCAAAACGUUCUCUCAUACCUGUUCCCUCCUGAUAAGCCGCUGUCUACCAAGCCACUAUGGAUCGAUGCGCAGAAUCCUUCUGUGAGUUUGUCGCAAGCCCAGAUGCUGCUCUGGAUCAAAAGGCUUGCUUUGGGACUUGACAAGCUAGGUAUCAAAGAGCAACAAGCCGUGAUGGUUUUCACCCCCAAUCACAUGUAUGUCUGCGCAGCGUAUCUGGCUGCCGCUGGCUCGAAACGCUUAUUCACCGGGGCUAACCCUAUCUACACUGUCAAUGAGGUUGCCCAUCAGAUGAAAGCCAUUGAUGCAGCUGUGGUACUUGUUCACCCCGAUCUCCUGGACACCGGCAUCGCGGCAGCAAAGCAGGCGAACAUCCCCACAGAUCGACUGUUCAUCUUCUCGGACACAGAGUCUCCAAUCACACAAGGUGUGCGUGAUUGGAGAUCAUUUCUCGCUUCAGAGUCAGAAGCCGAGUCCUGGCAAUGGGACCCGUUGGACGGUGAAGCUUCAUUGCAGACGAUUGCAGCCAUCAACUUUUCCAGCGGCACGACCGGCCUUCCAAAGGGUGUUUGCAUCUCCCAUCGCAGCCUGAUCACAAAUGCUGCUCAGUGUAUUUUCAACAAGUUCGAAGGGACACAGUACUCGCAGAACAAUCCAGGACCAGAGCGUUGGCUGGCCUUCCUUCCGCUAUAUCAUGCCUAUUCACAGCUCUGGACCAUCAACAUCGCCUGCAAACUUCAAGUUCCAGUGUACGUGAUGGGCAAAUUCAACUUCGAUGAUUUCCUGAGAUAUAUCGAGCAAUACAAAGUCACGGCGCUACAGGUGGUGCCGCCCAUCAUUGUCAUGCUAAGUAAGCGGCCUGAAACGGCAAAGUAUGAUAUCAGCAGCUUGAAACACUUGUUUUGCGGAGCGGCGCCCCUAAAAAGCGAAUUGCAGAACGAAGUGAGCAAACGAUUCAAUCUGGUCAUUUGUCAAGGUUGGGGCAUGACCGAAACAACGUGCGCUGGGAUCAUGAUGCCAGGCAUGACCAAGGACUUGACAGGAAGUAUAGGAUACCUGAUUCCUAAUACCGAAGCCAUGUUGGUCCAUGACGACGGCAAAGAAAUCACGAAAGAUGGCGAACCCGGCGAAUUGUGGCUUAGAGGACCUCAAAUGUUAUUAUCUUAUUGGCGAAAUGAGAAGGCUACAAAGGAAAGCAUCACGGAGGACAAGUGGUUUAAGACUGGCGACGUUGCCAUCACUAAGAAAGGCUUGUGGUGGAUCGUGGAUAGGAAGAAGGAGCUUAUUAAGGUCAAUGGCCUACAAGUUGCUCCCGCUGAGUUGGAGGCUGUACUGUUGGAGCACCCGGACGUCGCGGAUGCUGCUGCUGUUGGUAUCACAAUUCACGAUGAGGAACUUCCUCGGGCGUACGUUGCGCUGCAAGAGCAAGCUAAAGGCAAGACCACGGAGGAAGACAUCAAGAAGUUCGUCGCAAGUAAAGUCGCUAAACACAAACGGUUGGAGGGCGGCAUCAAGUUCAUCGACGAGGUUCCCAAACUCGCAAGCGGCAAGAUUGUGAGGAAAUUGAUGAAGGAGUGGGCCAAACAGGAUGCCAAAGAGAUCGAAGGCCAGGUCAGAGCAAGACUCUGAUGGGAUGAUGGCUUCUUUGUCUGACACUCUUGAACAAAGCAUUCUUGCUGUCAAUGUCCGUCUUUAUCGGUGGUCGUAUCAUGCUUUUCGCCGAUAUAACGCUGUGUGCCUGGCUAGUGAGCCUCGACGAUGAUCAAAACCCUCAAAGAUCGGACCAACAAAUGCGAAAAGAACGAAGCCUUGAUGUCUAACGAGCAAGGAAGUACCUAGGUAGGACGCCGCACAGCAAUCCGAACUCAAUGUCAGGCCUUGUGGGCAGACGGCAAGCUCCCGUGUCUUCGGUGAUGUUUGACAAACAAUCGGCAAUCCGUGAGCAGCAAAUGAAGUGAAUAUGCUGGAAACAACCGGCGAUCUUUUCACCCAGCGGGCGAAGUCGGUCUACUGAUCACACAUGACAUCGAU